UGUUUCUUGCAGCCCAGAUCCUUGAGAAAGCAGCACGUCCAUGGCCUCUGAUCGCGUCGAGGUCGACACCGCCCGCCCUUUCCGGUCCGUGAAGGAGGCGGUCGCGGUGUUCGGGGAGCGCAUCCUCGUUGGAGGGAGCAACUCCAGGUACAACGGCAAUGCGGUUGCCCUCGCCGAUCCGCAUGCCAAUGCCACCCCUAGUGCCAAGCACGAAGAUAGCAGUAGGAGCAGUACCGCCACCCUUUCUCCAAAUGCAAUGGCAGAGGUAGAUGCGGAGCCAGGGCCAGAGGCAAUGACAGCUAUCGUGCCAAUGUACUCCGCGCACUCCUCGCCGUCGUUCACGUCGCCGCGUUCGGCGUAUGAAGACGACGGCGAGCUUGGUUGCCAAGACGAGGAAGCCGGGCUCGCGGUUGUGAGCUCCAUCAAGAAGCUGGAGGCGGAGGUGGCCGAUACGAGACGGGAGGUGCUGCAGCUCAGGAAGAGGGGCACCGAGAUGGAGAUGGCCGUGGCCACCCUCAACGCGCAGCUCCACCGAGGCCUCUCGAGGCUGGCCGAGAUCGAGGCCGACAAGGCUGCGGCGGCGGCACGCCGCAGCAUCGGUGGAGACACCGACGUGAUGGCGGCGGCCAUGGUGCGGAGCGAGCGGUGGGCCGAGAAGUCCAGCACGUACAGCAGCGAGUACCUGCCGUCCUUCAGCCACGCGCUGAGCCUCGGCGAGAUCGACGACGACCUGCUCGGCGGCAGGAGGAGGAAGGCGCAGAAGGUGAAGCCCAUCGUGCCCCUCAUCGGCGACAUCCUCUUCUCCAAGAGUUUCUCCAAGAGGAAGAGCGGCAAGGACAGCGGGGAUCUCUCCGGCGUGUUAGGGUGAUCAUCACUUGCUUGCUGCGUGCUCAGGUUGUGGCUGCUUGCGUUGCGUGUGGUUUGGAUGGAGCAUGUGCUUUCUUUCUCUUUGCUUGGGGUUUUUCAUUUUUUUUCUUUUCUUCGUGCUCUUGUUUGUGCGAGCCUGUAAAUGUAAAAUACUGAUGAAUGUUUGUACCUAUAGUGUGUUUUAGAUCGUGA